GGUGAUGAAUGUAUAAUGACAGCCCUAUGUUUUCUGUCUUUCAGCCAUCCAGCAGUGGGAGAGCUGCUGAUCAGUUGGCCAGGGAAAGUGGCGUCGUACCCGGGUUCGUAGGAGUUGGUGUCUCUUCCUCCAGUUAUCCAGGAUAUGUACCUGCAGUACAGGGGGCCGAGGAGAUAGACAAUCAGGUUGAUGCAGACUUCCGCAUGAUUCUACAGAAGCUGUCCAAGAGAGAUGCGGUCACUAAAUUGAAGGCAUUACAAGAGUUUGGAGCAGUGUGUCAAGAGCGACAGUUUGAUGUUGUAAAUGGUGUCCUCCCAUAGUGGCCUGUGAUAUACUGCCGAAUAUCAAUGGACCACGAUUGCCGUGUGUGAUAGGCCACACAGCAGGGCUUUGAGCAGCUGGUUUUAAAAGUGAAGAGGAGUCUGGCCCCCUACCUGAAGGCCAUCAUGGGUCACUGGCUCAUCUCUCAGUGUGACACACUGUACUCUCCUGCUGCCUCGGCUGCCAGCACUGCUUUCCAGGCCGCAUUUCCCCUGAAUAAACAUUCAGAGGCAAUCAGCUUCUGUAAAGAUGAAGUCCUGGAUAUUCUCCAAGACAAUUUGCUGAAAGAAACAGCUGACACUCUCAGUGACCAGCAGUAAAUUCCGGAAGUACAGCAAACACAAGACCCCACAGGGUUUGGGAUUCGAGGGGCAUUCUUUGAGCUGAUUGCCACCAUGUGUGCGCGCACACCCCAGCUGAUCCAGGCAGAAGGCCCGAGCGUGUGCUGCUGUCUAUUGAUGACGUGUUCUGCUGUGCUGCCUCUUCUGUGGGAUGCGGUUCUCCAUAUUCUGUACUCUGUUGAUAACUGCUGGACACAUGUCAGUGCCAGGAAAGGUGUGAUGCUGAAGCUCUGGGUGCUUCUUAAAGAAGGAGGUCGAGGUCUUGCAACAUCUCUGCAUCCAAACCUGCUCUCGUUUAUAAGCAAACUGCCAGCAGAGGUCACACAGCCCAACCUGGACUUCUCCAGGACAUUCCUCACAUCAGUCAUACAGGGGAUGUCGAGUGAUCGUGCCACGUCCAGUCCCUCAGAGAGUGCAGCCAUUAUUUUUGCCACAUUGGAGUGCCUUCGGUUUAUCAUCCUACAGAAUGCUGGAGAUGAGCAGGAGCAGAGAAACAUCCAGAACAUGCUGAUCUCAGAACAGCUCCUGCCGUUGAUUGACAGGGCUCUGAGAAACCCAUCGCUGCAGAUGGGUCCUCUGUUCCCUCAGGUCUCAGAUAUGCUGCUCUCCUGGGAAAAGCAGGUGGCUGGGAAAAAGACUCCCACCUUUCAAAGACUGCUAUUUGCUUCACGGACAAGGAAGAAAAGAGGCCAAGGAGAGGAACCUCCCAGGGAAACUCCAGCGGUGGAGGAGCAGCGCUGUCCCUUGAGAAAUACACACCUGCUGGAUUUAGUGUGCCAGCUGGCGAGGCUCAACAUGGUGUACAUGAGCGAACGUGAGUCGGAAAGGCUGCGCUUUUUGUCUCCGCAGCUCGUGGCAUUCCCAAGUCCUCAGGUAUUCCAGGUGCUGCUGAGGCCUGUGCAGAUCCUGUCUUGUCCGUUUGGGGGUGUGUGUUGGCUGGCUGAGGGGUCCAGUGUUAGGGGAGAGGUUGAGCCUCUCAUUGGCAAGGCCUAUGAGAUCAUUGACCAGCUUCACGCCACCCUGUCAGAAGCAAAGGGCAUGCCAGACGCUGGGAACAUGGAGCCGAUGGUCACUUUCAUCUCUGAUAUGGCUGCCACCUUCUUUUCUCCGGUUAAGGGCUGCCUGCUGCUGGCGUCUGCCGAUGAUGUUUUCCAGCUUUGUGCACAGGACCAAAUCUUCACUCACCUCUCAGAUGCUCUUCUUCUGAAGCUACAGCAAACCUACACUGCUGGCAUUCAGUCAUUGAUCACUCACCUGGGUGCAGGGGUCACAAAGGGCACCCUCCUCCACAAUAUUGGACUCUGGGUUAAAAGUCAGCUGCUCACCAUACCACAGAUGGUCAAAAGGUCUCAAAAGAACACAUCUAUUGGUCUUGUCCUGGUGCAUGCUGUGGAAAGUCUGGCUCAGACCAUCGCCUCAGCCCAGAACACCAGCUGUCUCCUGUCUCAGUUUAUCUGCUGUCUUCUACUGAGGAGGAAUGGAGUUGCAUUAGAUGGGCCCUGCCUCCUCAGGCAGUCACAAACGACAUUCACACAGGCCAAACAGGCCAGCAAAAGACUUUUGGAGGAACCACUGGGGUUUAAUAUUUUGUCAAAAUGGAAUAAAGAAGGUGUGCGCUGCUGUCUGGCCGUGCUGCUCUGCUGUCUACAGGCCGACACGGCUGUGGAGGAUGAGAUCUCGUUGGCUGUCGUAGCCAUGAUUGCUGAAUGGAGGAACAGUAGAGAGCAGUGGUUCCUCUUCAACAGUGACCUCGGAAAAGUGUCUAGCGCAGGGCUCUUAUUGGCAGUAGAAGUGAUGCGUUUCUUGUGCUGGAUGGUGGAUCAUUCUCCUACAGUCUUGGGAAACACUCAUUGGGAUCUCCUGCUCUGCUCAAUGCUGGCAUGGAUUGAGACUGCCAGUGAGAACAGCAGCAUGUUCUGGAAUCCAUGGGUGCAGCUGUUUGUGUGUGCGAACUGUGAGCCGAUCGUAAGGCUGAUGGACUUUACAGAGCCAGAUGACCCUUUGUUCCCCCUGCCGGCCUUGAGGGCAGUGGGGGAGGCUCUUACCUACAUCCCUGUGGAGCUGCCCACACAGAAUAAACUCCCUCCCCGGUUUGUGGCCGACCAGAGGAGCAGUCUGCCAGAGCCCCUCCAGACCCUGCUGAAUACCCUCUCACCCCUGCUGCUCUUCAAAGCCCGGCUGUUACAGCUCGCAGUCUACCACAUCCUACACAAGGUGAUGCCUUUGUUGCCAGAGAGUGCCAGCGCUAAAUCUGAUGACGAAGAUGGAGAAGAACCAUGCUUGUCUCCUCCAGCAGCACUGAUGAGCAUUCUUUCAGCCACAGAAAAGCUCUUGGAGAAUAUUCUAGGUUGCGUGCAAGUGGUUGAGUUUGCAGUGGUGCAGCCCCUCAGUAUGGAGCACUGCUUCAUCCUGGGAUAUCUUCUGGCCUGGAAACUCCUCUUAACCUUCUUCAAGGCUUCAUCAUCUCAUCUGCGAGCUCAGUACUCUUUGCACUUGAAAAAGACUCGUUCUCUUCAUCAACUCCUGCUUCACCUGUUCCGCCUGAUGCCAGAGAACCCAUCAGUGCCUGGACAACCAGCAGAACCCUCGGGCAAAGAACCCAAAACCUUCUUCACUGAGAGUUUGUCUCUCGCCCCCCAGAAAAGUGAUGGUCUGCAGUUUGAGGUUCCCCAUCUGGCCUGCUCGGUGUACUAUGGUGCGUUGAAGGACUUGCCUGCAAUGGUGCGUCUGUGGUGGAACAGCCAAGAGAAACGUGUCUUCAGCACGGUGGAUAAAUUCACCAGCAAGUAUGUCAGCGGCAUUUUGUCUGCCCAGGAGAUCGCAUCAGUCCACACCCAGACUUUUGAGAACAUGACGGUGAGCUGUGGUGGAAAUUCAAAGUGCUCUGUGCUUAAGCGGUUUAAUGAAUUGUAAUGGGAUGUGUUUUUUGCCACGCGGCAGGUGAUUGCCACUUACUCUGUCGACGAUAUCUUCAUAGAGCUGGUGAUUCAGCUGCCUCAGAAUUAUCCGCUCGGCUCAAUCUCGGUGGAGAGUGGGCGGAGAGUGGGCGUGGCUGUUCAGCAGUGGCGCAAUUGGAUGCUUCAGCUAAGCACGUACCUCACACACCAGAAUGGCAGUAUUCUGGAAGGUCUGUCGCAGUGGAAGAACAAUGUUGACAAGCGUUUUGAGGGGGUGGAGGACUGUAUGAACUACUUCUCUGUCAUUCACGGAUCCAAUUACUCGCUGCCAAAGAAAGCCUGCCGUACCUGCAAAAAGAAGUUCCACUCCGCCUGUCUGUAUAAAUGGUUCACAUCUAGCAACAAAUCCACAUGUCCUCUGUGCCGAGAGACCUUCUUCUAAGCUCUGUCUCCAUGGACACAAAUAAUAGCAAAAUGACGUCCUCGGCAAACAGCUGACUCGGAAAGAAAUGUUCUGUUCGUUUUUUUUUUACAUGCGAUUUUUGCAGUGCUGCAAACUACCGUUGCCUUUUAGUUUUUGACUCUGAAGAUGCACCCAACAACACCCGUCACAAACAACGAAAUGAACAAACAGUAGGAAUUCCAGAAAACAAGUACCCAGGCUAGAUUAAAGACUGCUUGACAGGACAAUGAAGGCUGAACAAGCCUACGCAUUCAUGGCCUUAAAGGAAUAGUUCACCAGAGAUCAACAUUUUGCCAUUAUUUUGCAC